AUUCGCACAUAAUUUAACUAAGAUCACAUUGAAAUAAACUAUUAUUACAUAACUCAGUAUAGACAAAUAUUGCUCAAAUUCCUUAUAAUUUUGGAUAGGUAUCUAACUACUCAUAAGUAGACUAGAAAAACAUAUCGACGAAAAAGCAUUUACUGAUGCCAUCAACUAGACAUAAAGAGAGAUUAGAAAGGAUACAAAGCAAUGGAAUAAAUAAUAACACUACUACUUCUACUACUCAUAUUAUUAUUAAUAAUAAUACCACUAACAGUAAUAAUGAUAACUUUAACAAACCUCACCAUUUUCGAAAAGGCAUUCUCCGCCUACUCCAACAGAGUACAAUACAUGGAUUGACACAUAUCUCAACAUCAUCGAAUAAUAUUGUUCGAUUAAUAUGGUUAGCUUUAUGGUUAGCUGGCUUAGCAGGUUUCCUGAUUAAUCUAUCAUAUGUUGUAGCACAUUAUUUAUCACGACCAGUUUUGACCAGUUACCAUGAGGAUCAUGAAGAAUUUGUGUGGCCAGAUAUCACCUUCUGUAAUGCUAUGGCACCGUAUAAUUUAAAUACACAGGAAAGACAAACACUGUGGAGUGAAUAUGUCAAUCGGGCUAGAAAUCUUUCAACACUCAAUCAUAUACCGAAAGAUCUGUUUAGUAGUAUUGAUGAAGCCGAUGCUGAUGAAAUUUUCCUCCAAUCACUUGUACGCUCGAGUAUACCUCAUUGGAGAUUCAAUGUUGGCGAUGCAGAGGAUAUGUUUGGUUUUAUUGCUGAACAGAAUGGACAUCAAGGGAUAUAUCUGUCAGUAAGCAUGGAUGGGAUUUUAUCUGACAUGCCAAAACCAUGGGGAAAAUAUUUCUAUACACAAAUAUUGCAAAAACGUUAUAACAUACCAUGUCUUAAUUUUCAAAUUACUCGUUAUUUAAACAAAUCAAUAAUGAAUGGAAUAGAACAAGUUGCAUUUGGUAUAAAAUCUAAUUUCCAUAGUUACUUAAUUAUUAAUUCAUCAUAUUCAUCACAUACAAUUGAUGUAUACAUCACAUUACCAGAUCAUUUCCCGACAUCAGGAGUCAUUGAUUUAACCCCUGGUUAUAUUAAUCAUGUACAGUUACAAAUGGUACGUCUGAAACGCAUCCAAGAAAAUCAGAAAUGUCAUAAUAAAAAGUAUUCAUCAAUUAUAUUCGACGCUGACUUAACGACAAAACGUCUAGUUGAUGAUACUGGUGGAGAUUUAUGCCAUCGAUUAUUAUCACAAUAUUUAUAUUUCCAAGAAUGUCAUUGUUAUAGUCCAUUUCUGCCGUAUGGUUAUUUUCCUGAUUUAUUUAACAUAUCUUACAAUAAAAAUAAUAAUUACACUACUGGAUCAAUUUUACAACCAGUCCUGUGUUUAAAUAUGUCAGUAUUCAAUAAAUAUGAACUGGCGGAAAAUUCGAAUUGCAUGUAUCGUGUAUUUAAAAAGUACAGCAAUUCUAGUGUAUAUAUGAGUUUAAAAGAAGCUAAACAGUGUCAAUAUUAUGCGAGUUCACCAUACUGUGAUGAAGUAAAGUAUAAUCAAUUAGGCAUAGUACGUAAACCAAUCGGGGAAUUAUGGGGUAGUGCGUAUAAUGAAGCUAGAGGUAACUUUUUAUUGAGCACAUUUCGUGAUAUUGUAGCAUCUAGCCGUAAUAACAACGAUAAAGAGGAUUUCAGUGAAUACAACAAUGAAAUAUUUCACAAUGAAUCAAGACGUCAAGAAAUACUCAAUCAGUUACGUAAUAAUUUUGCCAUAAUAAUGAUAGAACGUGCUAGUCCGCAUGGGAGAUUGGUUCUUGAAGAAAAUGAAUACCCAUUAUCUCGAUUAUUAUCUGAUAUUGGUGGCAACAUGGGAUUAUGGAUUGGUAUAUCUGUGAUUGGUUUAUUUGAGUUUUUUGAACUUGUUGGCUUCAUCAUAUAUGCAUUAGUUAAUUAUUUUAAAAGUUUGUAUGAAAACAGAUUGACAAUAAAUUCAUUCAAAUCAUAAUGUUUUUAAGUUACUUUCAAUUCCUUCUUUUGUUUUUGAGAAAAGCCAGCCUUAUUAGAUUUAUCUUACAUUUUUACCACAACCAUGUCUUUGUUUAAACUGACUAGAGAACAUCGAACAGUGUUGUUCAAUGUCAUAUUUUAAGAGCGCAAUAUGAAAUUAUUCGUAUUCAAAAGUGAAAUUUAUGUGGAUUUUAGAUAACAAAGAAAAUGAAUAUCCAUAUAUACAUUCACGUAUAUACAGACUUAGUCGUGUUUGCAUAUCUAUGCAGGUAUUACAGGCAGAUCUUAUGUGUACAUUUUGAUUUUCAUGUAUAUUGAUGAAAUAACAACUGUUUCAGUGCAAUUACAUACUAGUGAUAAAAAAUCGAUUCUUGAGUAGUAAUUAGCUGCUCUGUUUAUUUAAUUUAAUUUUUUUAUUUAAUACAAAGGCGAUUUAUUUUAUUUUUAUUUGUUUAGUUUAUCCGUCAGAUGUUGUACAUAAAUGAACUUCCUUUAAAAAAAUAUAUAUACACAUUAUGAAAGAUUGUAAUUGUGUACGAUUCAAUUUUGAAUUUGGCCUACUAAUUUCAGUCUUGAUUACUCGUACUGAUUAUCAGUAAAUAACAUUUUACAUACUUUUUAACUGUAUUUACGUAUAGGCAUUAGUGUACCCGAGGGAAUUUCAACAUAUCAAAUCAUAGGGAAUUGUUUCUGUGAGGAAAAUAGGCUGUUAAUGUUUAUUAGGAUUGACGGUGGCUAGCAAGAGAAUUAAGUAUGUGUGAAUUUCGUCCUGUUUGGGACCGAUACAUUGGAUGUACCUUCAUUCUCAGUGAAGGAUAGAGUUUCCACUGAGACCCCAUGAUAACACUCUGU